AAGAUUUGACAAGCAUUUUAACGAUUAUCUCAAGAUGAUUUCAAUUAAUUAUGUACGUAGUUCUAUGACGUAGGUACUAAAGUAUAUCAGAAUACUUCUCUGAUAUUAUCAAUUGUAUUCAGUGUUUCAUUAAUAGUCAAGAUGAAAAGUUUAAUUUGUAGAGGAAGAUUAAUUCAGUACUUUGUUGCGUUUUAUGCAAAUUUUGGAAUUCUAAGCUAUAGUCUAGCUGUGGGAUGGAUCUCUAAUAAUGUAUCUAUACUCACUUCUGAGGAAACCCCUCUAAUAUCUGGACCGCUUUCCAUCAGACAAAUUUCCCUUCUUGGAUCAAUUAUCUACUUGACUGCCAUUCCUGGAUCUCUUUUAUUCGGGUGGCUUGCGGAUCGUAUUGGAAGGAAGUGGAGUUUAUAUAUUGGAAUGCUUAUAUAUUUUGUGUCAUUUCUCUUAAUUCCUCUAUCAAGCAGCUAUACCACAUUGGUUAUUGCUAGGGCUCUAACUGGCAUUGCAUGUGGAUGUACUUUCGUUGUGUCUCCGGUUUUCGUUUCUGAAAUAGCUGAGAAAGAGUAUGCAAUAGUGACAUUAACGCUCAUUCAAUUUUUGGAUAGAAAAAUAGUUUUUUUUUUCCUUCCCAUGUACAGGAUUCGUGGUUAUUUGGGAUUUAUCUUCAACAUCAUUAUUACUACUGGAAUUUCUAUUUCGUGGAUUAUUUGCAAAAAUGUUACAUUCAAUGCAGCUCCUUUUGUUUUUAUGGCCCUUAUAAGUACCAUUUUUGUGGUCUUUCUUUUUGUCCAUGAAUCUCCUCAAUUUCUUUUACUUCGUGGAAAGGAGGAAGAAGCUAGAGACUCAUUAAAGUUUUUUCGAGGUGUCAAAAAACAUCAAGAAUUACCUGUGCAGGUUCAGGAAGAAUUUGAGGAGCUGAAAAAUUCACCAACACUCAGGAUUCAAGAAGAAAAAAUUUCUUUGGAAGAUUUGAAAAUUCCAGCUAUCCGGAAGGCAAUGAUGAUUUGCUGUGUAGUAUACGCUGGAAAGUAUACGAGUGGCAUUCAAGUUAUUGUGGUGUAUUUGGGAUCACUCUUCGUACAAAUGAACACUAGAAUGGAUUCAAUCACUGCAGCAUUAAUUUCCGUUUGUUUUGCGCUUCCAGGAUCUUUCUUGGCUUUUACCGUGGUUGAGUCCUGGGGUAGAAAGGCCGUUUUAGUGUGUUCAUCCAUAUUAACAGCUGUUUCCUUUGUACCAGUAAUUUUAAUACUCAGAUUCAAUCAUUUGUGGAAACUUCCAGAUUACCUCAGUAUUCUUUCUGUUGGAUUGAUCUUAUUAAUAUCAAGUUUCGGCCUAAUUGCUCUUCCUAUGCAAAUCUCAGCAGAGAUACUACCACCAAAAUUGAGAAGCAAAGUUUGUGCAUUUAUGAUGAUAAUGGUCUGGAUUGGGAUGUUUAUUAUGGCAAAUUACUUCCUACCAUGGUCAGAGAGUUUGGGAAUGGAUGUUUUGAUUUGUUUCUUCUUUCUAUGGUGUCUGUUUGAGGGAGUUUUUGUAUGGAAACUUAUGCCAGAAACAAAAGGAAAAACUUACGAUGAAAUUGCACAAGCAUUUUGAUUGAAAAUUUAUUUCAAAUACAAUUUAUAAAUUUUAUUUUAUCGAUUUUAAAAGAGAGUUACCUAGUUCAUAAGAAAAUAAUGUACAGCUUGUUAGAAAAUAAUAUUAUUUUUUAAUUAUUUCUGCACUUUUUUGUACGGGUGUUGGAUUCCUUCCGGAUCCAUAUAGCCAUUUUUAAUUAUUUAAUAUUUUUUACUGGACUAUUUGCUUCUGUAAAUCAAACCUUUCAGAAAAAAUCAUUCGUUGUGCCCGAAGAUUAUGAACCAUAUUCCUAUCUUUAGGAGUAUGGUUCAUAAUCUUCGGGAGCGUCGUAUUGAUCUUUAUUUGUGACAUUUCGCCCCGUUGGACGUCAAAUAAGGGCGUACUUCAUUUCCUAUCUCAUCACAUCCUCUACCUAUCUUCUCUAUCUUAUACUCUGUGGCCUAUUUGAUGGUCUGUCUGUAAGCUUUUGACUGUCACCAGAGGAAGGUAGGCGUUACAGUUAUCGUCGAUUUAGGGAUCUCGCUAUAUGAGCAAGUUAACAUUUGCUAGAUAAUGAUUCAAUGCGCUACAUAUUGAUAGUUUUUAUUUUAAAUAAUGUUUCAAAAUAUGAUAAAAUAUUUUACUUUGAUUCUUAGAAAAUAAUCUUCAAAAUAAUCCUGUAGUAAUAAAAUUUGCGAGUUUUUGAAAAGAAUAUACUGGGUUUUAUUUAUUUGCUACUAUUUGCUUUAAAGAUUUCCUCAUAUCAUUGGCAAUUAAAUGAAGUUGCUAUGUACAUAAGAGAUAACUUAUAUCAUUCACUCAUUUAUAC